AAAACCAAAACCAGAUAUGAAUCCAUCCUUUUGCCGCAAUCAACUCUACCUAUUUGUCCGUAUCAGGGGCGAUAUUGUUGGCAUCGACAACGUUACUGUUCAAUCAAUGGCCUACUCCGCACUUUGAUUGGGGCCGAAAGUUACCGUUGGACAAAAUACAACUUUAAUACUCAAAAAUAGCAUAUGCAAAAGCGAAAAAGCAAAGGGGAAUUGAUUAUAUGCGCAUGGCAGGGAGCAAUGGCAGACAGAUUGCAAUGGAGUGCAAAGUGCUAUUAUAGAUUGUAUGCAGGUCCUUUCCCCUUUUAUGAAAUCCCACAGCGCUAGUCAGUCGGUGAAAGUUUCAGGCCAUGGAGGAAGUGGCGGCGGCUUAUGGGCACAGCCCCGCCCACUAUGCGGUGGCUCGCAGAGACCAUGCGGCUCUGAAGCGGAUUAUAGCGGCGCUCCCGAGGCUGGCGGAGGCGGGAACAGUCCAGACGGAGGAGGAAUCGUUGGCAGAAGAGCGGAGGGCGGAGGCCAUAGCGGCUGUGAUCGACAGAAGAGAUGUGGCAAAGAGGGAAACGCCCCUGCAUGUGGCGGUGCGAAUUGGGGAUGCCACCGCGACAGAGAUGCUAAUGGCGGCAGGGGCAAACUGGAGUUUGCAGAAUGAGCAGGGGUGGAGUGCUCUGCAGGAGGCAAUCUGUGCGCGGCGCGAUCACAUUGCGAUGAUCAUCAUGAAGCAUUACCAGCCCAUGGCGUGGGCUAAAUGGUGCAGGCGUUUGCCUCGGCUCAUUGCCUGUAUGAGGCGAAUGAGGGAUUUUUAUAUGGAGAUCGGUUUUCACUUCGAAAGCUCCGUCAUUCCAUUCAUCGGCCGCAUUGCCCCCUCUGAUACUUAUAAAAUUUGGAAGCGGGAUGCUAAUCUUAGAGCUGAUACUACUCUGGCGGGCUUUGAUGGGUUUAAAAUUCAGCGAUCACAGCAGAGUUUUCUGUUUUUGGGGGAGGGCGGCAGGGGAAUCGCUCCUGGGUCGCUCCUGAUGUUGUCCCAUAAGGAUAAGGAGAUUAUGAAUGCAUUUGAGGAUGCUGGUGUUCCUCCCUCGGAUGCAGAGGUUGUUAAUGAGGCUGCGGCCAUGACCCAUUCUAAUGUUUACAGGCCUGGUAUUGAUGUCACGGGGGCGCUCCUUGUUCCGCAGUCGAAUUGGCGGCGACAGGAGAAGACUGAGAUGGUGGGCAACUGGAAGGCUAAGGUUUAUGACAUGCAUAAUGUUAUGCUCAGCUUUAAGUCACGGCGAGUUCCUUCGCAGAGUCAUGUUAAGGAGGAGAGUGACUAUGAUCAUCUUCUCACGGAGGACGAGAAGCGCCAGAUGGAGCGUGCUCUCGACCUGGACCUGGACCUGGACCUCGACGAUGGGUUUCUUGUUGCCGACAGGCCUGCUGAUUUCAAUCGCAAAGGGGACUUUUAUUUGGAGAAGAAAGAAAGGUUUAGCUUUUCUUCCUCUUCGUCUACUAAGAAUGCCAACAUUGAGUUGAGCUUCAGUAGUAGUAAGGAGGAGAAGGGGUGGGUUUGGGGCCGACGAAGCUUUAAAGAUGAGAAGGGCGUCCCUUCUCGGAGCUCUGUGAGUAUCGAGAGGAAGGGGGGUUCGAAGAAAGCGGAGGUGCAGCAGGGUAGGAGGUCCUUGGAUGUUAAGAGAAGCGACUUCAUGGUGGCAGCUGAUGAUGGAAGAAAGUGGGUCGCCAGAGAACCCAGUGUCAGGUCUCGAGGAGCUUGCCCUCCGAAUGACACUAGUACUAGUAGCCAGGAAAGUGUAUAUAAGAAGGGAUUAAGGCCCGUGUUGUGGCUCACACCACAAUUUCCCCUGCGCACCGAUGAGCUGCUUCCACUGCUUGAUAUCUUGGCAGAUAAAGUUAAAGCCGUGCGUCGUCUCCGCGAAUUGCUUACCACAAAGCUUCCUGCUGGAACUUUUCCUGUCAAGGUGGCUAUUCCAGUUGUUCCUACAAUCAAGGUAGUCAUUACCUUUACAAAGUUUGAAGAACUGCCACCAUCUGAAGUGUUUUGUACACCUCCAUCAAGUCCCGCCAAUCUGCAAGAUCUGAUAGCAAGAGAUAGUCAUACCACACAAGAGGCUUCAAACUCAUGGUUUCAUUGGAUAAAGGGACCUCCCAACCGCAGCAUGUCAGGUUCUGCAAGUCCGGAAAAUUCCUCAGAAGAUGUUGAGGAUCCUUUUGCCAUCCCAGCAGACUACAAAUGGACAACACUAGAUGCAAAGAAAAGGCAGGUGAAAGACAAAAAGUCCAAGACAAAAAAGGGGAAGAGAUCCAAUUCUGUUGACAUUGCAGAGAACAAUGAGGUUGAGAGAGAGUUUUAAAAGCUAGUUCUUGUUUUAUAAAAUCAUUUCGAUUGAGGCCGUCAAGAGGCCUACCACACAAAAUGCAUGGAAAAGUUGAUGCUUAACAUAUUUUAUUUCUACCAUCUACCAUAUCAUGUAAGAAGGUAUUUUUAGUGUCAAAUUAUAUAAUUUUUUUUUUCUA